AUUUCCCGUGAGAGGUGGUGGAUCAUUGUGUCGUGACAGCUGGUGGGGAGCGGUCAGACGCGCCGAGCCGACUCGAGGGGGAAGGACAGCGCACGGUGACGCACGCACAUGCAUUUGCCGUCGGAGUGUGAGAUGUUUGGUCAGAAGGUGUGAACUGCCCAUAGAGUGUCGCUUAGAAAUGAUUUUUAUAUACACGGAUAUACCGUUCUGUAAAAUCUGAACAAAUCAAAUAUACGGUAAAUAGAAAACAUCAGCGGAUACAGUACAGCCAAAAAAAAAAAAGAAAAAAACUAAACUAAACAAGAAACAGACAGCAGCCAUGGCGAGCGUCAUGAAAAUGUUCCACAACUUCAAGAGCAGCCACCUCCCUCGGGGCAAGCGGUCCCAGACGAUCUCGGCGCCCGCCCCAGCCUCCUCGAAGGACCAGGGGAGGGAGGACCCCGAGGGCGCCCCGUCCAGCGACCUGGUCAACCGCAGGAAGGUGUCCAUCUCGAGGAGCGGGAGAUACAGGGAGAACAACAAGAGGAGGUGCGCGCUGCCCGACGACACCCGGAGCAGUUCCGACGACGACCACGCCAGUCCGAAGGUCGCGACCCGGGCCGACACCACGACAAAGGAUCAGAAAAACAAGGAGAAUGAGAAGAGCAGAGCGAAUGAGAAGAAUAAGCAGAACCUGGUGCGACGGGAGAGCGCCAUCAGCGUGACUGACGGACACGCGGUCGCAGACGAGAUCACGAGAGUCCUGGCCAAGAAGAUGACCAUAGAAAACAACGUACUUCAGACGUCUUUAUAGCUAUAUAACUGUGACAUAUAUCUAGCGUAGCGUUUGUAUUAAAUGUGAUAUUUAGAAAAUACAUGUAUUAUAAGAUGUUUCCCCGUGAUCCUAUAUCGCUUCAGUAUUUGAUUUCUGUUGUAGAUAUAUUCUGUUUUGUGUCAUGUUUGUUUUGUUCUGCUUCUAUAUAAAGUGGACCGAAAUAGCUUUAGGUGCGAUGCAAGUAGUCUUAUAGCAAAGCUUAUGGAAUCUGGUUUAGAGGAAAUUGCAGCUUUGCAAAAGAGGGAUCUUUAUGUGAAAAUAAUAUAUAAGAUGUUUUAGGUACGCGAAAUCCUUGUAUCAACAUACACAAAUGCCAUGCACUUUCAUAGAAAACGACCUUAUCUACACAUGAAUCAGUAAUUUCCAAAAGCAUAGAUGUUAUAUAUAACACA